GUGACCCAUAAGCCCUUGUACAACACUGAUAAUACCCAGACACAAAUUCGAAAAUUACUCUGUAGUUGGUAGACAUUGAGAAAUAAGAAAAAGGAAGAGAUAAGAGGAAGAAUGCCAGGAUAUUCCCUCGUGCACAAGUUCUCUGUGUCUGAGGCCACAGUAGGGUUGCGGCUCAUUUGUAAACUUGUUGGAGGUUCAUACAGAGAUUUAAAAACAGAAGUUUAAGCUUUAGUUUAGAAACAGAAUUAAAAGUCAUAACUCCUGUUUAACAUUCAACUGUUAGUUUAACCUUCCUCUCUCUCUCUCUCUCUCUCUCUCUCUCUCUGGUUGUUAAGCUUUCUUUUCAUCGCUAUCAAUGUCUGAAGACGUUACUUAUGCAGAUCUAAAAUUCCAGGACUCCAGUGAGAUGGAAAAUAUUCAAGAGUUUGACCAAGUUGGUGUGAAAGCACCCCCUGCUCCUUCCCAUGUGUGGCGUCGGAGAGCCUUGGCCCUGAUUCUUCUGUGCCUUCUGCUGCUGAUUGGACUGGCAGUGUUAGGGAGCAUGUUUUACCUAACUUCGAAAAUAGAAAUGGAAAAAUUGGAAAAGCUACAAAAUUUCAAAGACAAACUUCAGAGUAAUGUUUCUCUACAACUAAAAUAUAAUAUGGAUAAUCUUGAGAAGAUCAGGAACCUCUCUAGCACACUGCAAGAAAUGGCCACCAAAUUAUGUUAUGAGCUAUGUAGAACAGAACCAGAGCACAAAUGUAAACCUUGUCCAGAGAAAUGGGUGUGGCAUGAGGACAGCUGUUAUAGAGAAUUUAAAGAGGAUGAGACAUGGCAGCAGAGUGACUCCACAUGUUCUGCUCACAAUGCCAGCCUGGUGAAGAUUAAGAACAAAAGCAUAUUGAAAUUUAUAAAGUCCAAGGAGUUAUAUGGCUAUUGGUUAGGAUUAUCUCCCAGAAAAGAUUACAAACCUUGGAAAGAAUUGGAUGAAACAAUUAUCUCCUCUGACUGGUUUACAGGAAACACAAGUGAUUUAAAUGGUGUAAUGUAUUGUGGAUAUGUAUAUUCUAAGCAUGUUUAUUAUGGUCCCUGCACUGAGGAAAAAAAUGCUAUAUGUGAGAAAUUAGCUAAUCCAGUGAAGAUUGAGAGCACACUAAUGAAUGAAGAACCAGGUGAAAGAGGGUAGUUAGUGUAAUUAACUACACUAACAACUGUAAGGUACAUGUAUCUUGUGGACCACACAAAUGGAAUAAAGAUAUUGUGAAACUAAA